GAUGCCUCGGCGCAUGCGCAGUGAGAGCCCGGGGGCCGCAGGAGAGCAGAGCUGCACUCCAAAGUAAAGCACAGGGCCGCCGUAAUGAGUGCCAAAGUCAACACGGAGUGUCCGCCCAAAGAGCCCGACCGUGGCCCCGUGGCCCCGCCCGCCUCUUCGCCCGGCGAGGGCAUCCUCCUCUGCGGGGCGGAGAGCGUGGCUAAGAAACCUCGGCCUCAGACGCACACCACCGCAGCUCUGCUCUUACCAGCUCCGGCCCCGGCCCAUCAAAAAGUGGAGCUGGCGCCGACUGUGGCAGUGACAGACCCGAGUAAAGCUGUCAAACCCACUUUGACGGCGCAGGUGGCGGGGGCUUGUAGCAUCGUCCAUGUCCUCGAAUGGAAGGAAGGGAUGGCCAUCCUGCCCGGGAGUAACCUCAAGUUCUGUGUCAGUGAUGUAGGAGCCUUGAGUACAUUGAUCACUCCAGGGACCCCCGGCACCACCAAUGAACCUGCAGCAGGGACUUCUGCCAGAUCGAUCAAUGCAGAAAGCUCCCCGCUGGACAAGCCAGAUGCGUCGGCUCCUGUGGUCUCAGUGAGCGGCGCAGGUGUGGAGCCAGAAAGGUUACUGCAGGUCAAAUCUGAGGUCCAGAUGGGACCGGGCCAGCGCACCUAUGAUCCCAGAGCUCAGAGGAUUUACACAGAGGAACUACGCAGAGAGCCCCUGGUGGACAAGAGGAUUGUUGGAGUGGAGAAGGUCCCAGCAGGUGCAAGGGUCACCUCUUUGAAUGCUGAUCAGCUGAAGCCCAUGAGGAAGAGGAAGAGGAAGGAAUACCUGGGUCCCUCUGACGAAGACUCUGACAUGGAGGGCGUGGACGACAAAAUGGAAGAUCUGAAAGCAGAUGGCAGAUACAUCAGGGCAGGUGGAGACACGAAGGCGGAGCUGUGGACGUGGACUCAGUAUCUGGAAGAAUCCAAAACUAUCGCUGCUCCCGACAAGCUUUUCCAAGAGACUCAGAGGGCGCCCGCAGUGAAGAACGGCUUCAAACAGGGGAUGAAGCUGGAGGGUAUCGACCCGCAGCACCCGUCCAUGUACUUUGUUCUGACUGUGGCCGAGGUGUGCGGCUAUCGUCUGCGCCUCCAUUUUGACGGCUAUUCUGACUGCCACGACUUCUGGGUGAACGCCAACUCGCCUGACGUGCACCCUGUUGGCUGGUGUGAGAGCACAGGACACAAACUGCACACUCCCAAAGGUUGUAAAGAAGAAGAGUUUACGUGGACCAACUACCUAAGAAUGACAAAAGCACAAGUGGCCCCCAAAGAACUGUUUGCCAGUCCUGGAAGGAUCGACACCAAGUGUGACUUCGAGAUUGCGAUGAAACUCGAGGCCGUCGAUCGCAUGAACCCCUCCCUCAUCUGCGUCGCGACCAUCACCGACGUGGUGGACAACCGCUUCCUGGUGCACUUUGACAAUUGGGACGACACGUACGACUACUGGUGUGAUGCCACCAGUCCCUACAUCCAUCCUAUUGGUUGGUGCCAGGAGAGAAAUCUGCCCUUAACACCACCCCAAGAUUAUCCUGACCAGGGAGCGUUCUCCUGGUCCCACUACCUGCAUGAGACUUGUUCCAAGGCAGUGGCAGCUGACUCAUUUAAAAUGCGUCCAGCCCGCAGCUUCCAGCCUCAGAUGAAACUGGAGGCUGUGGACAAGAGGAGUCCCGGUCUCAUCCGAGUGGCAACGGUGGAGGAAGUCGAGACUCACCGCAUCAAGAUCCACUACGAUGGCUGGAGUCACAUCUAUGACGAGUGGAUGGACUCGGAUCAUCCUGACAUCCACCCGGCGGGCUGGUGCGAGGCCACGGGUCACCCGCUCAAACCCCCCCCGCAGGACACCAAAACGAAGCAGACACACGGUCCAAGGGAGCCUCCCACUCUGGCCCAGUCCACUUACCCGCCAUCUGUUCCCUGCAAGCCCAUCGGCCACACCAGAACCAGCAAGUACAGCUUCCACAACAGGAAGUGUCCGACUCCGGGUUGCGACGGUUCAGGCCACGUGACCGGCCGCUUCACGGCGCAUCACUGUGUUUCGGGCUGCCCGUUAGCCGAGCGCAACCAAGGCAGGCUCAAGGUGGAGCUGUCGGACUCGGAGAGCAAGAGGAGUCUGUGUUUUGGCCAGAGGACCAAGAAGACACAUUAUCGUGGCAGGAUUGGACGUCCCCCUAAAUACAGGAAGAACCAGCCGAGAGACUAUCAGAAGCGCGUCUAUCCGCCGUCGUUCGUGUCGGCUCUGAGCGCUCAGUCAGACCGCGCUCUGUCGCUGUGCUGGGAGCAACACUGUAAACUGCUGCCCGGCGUCCUGGGCAUUCCCGCCAGUCAAGUGGCGGCUUGGAGUGUGGACGAGGUCUUCAGCUUUGUGCGUGAUCUAAUCGGCUGUGAGGAUCAGGCUCGUCUUUUUAAAGAAGAGAUGAUUGACGGCGAGGCCUUCCUGCUGCUGACUCAGGCCGACAUCGUGAAGAUCAUGAGCAUCAAGCUCGGCCCCGCCCUCAAGAUCUCCAACGCCAUCCUCAUGUUCAAGAGCACAGACGAGGCGCUCAAAUGAAUCCGUCUCCUCUCUCGGGCUUCGGGCGUGGGCGCGGUCGUCUCGUGCCAAAUUGGUCGUGCGAGGCCGAGACCCCUCGCCUGAGCCCUUUUCGUUUUUCGUGUGUUUCGUGUCCUGUGCCCAUCAGAUGGUAUGGGGAGGUGUAGAAGCAGCAGAAGUAAAGGACAAUUUAAGGAAGAGCGUGACAGACACAAAAUGGAUACCGGGGUGAGCGAGGGAACAUCAUCGCAUUUUAGUCGAAGAAGCAGUUGCCUCAUUGCGGGCAACUUUCCCAAAAAUGGAGUUCUUGUUGCCAACGCUAAUGUCUUAUUUGGUGACCCUUUGGCUGGAAGUGGCAAAAGUCGAUAAAAGGUUGUGUGACCAAAUGGAAAAUACACAUCCAUCCUUUUUCUCGAGCGCUUAUACUCGCUGACAUUGAAUUUGUUGGCUUUACCUUGUUACGUGUAGAAACACCCUCCUGCUGAAAUAACAAGAGCAUUCCAAUCAACUAAACAUUGAAAACAUUGCAUGUGCCUUUUUGUCCAAAUGUAAAAUAAACGAUGAAAAUAGCAAUUAAAAACAGAUUUUAUUAUUAUCAUACUCAUGAUGAUCCCUCAAGGGGAAAUUGAAAUUGUCAUAUUCUUAUGUUUAUUUUUUUUUGGUCGCUUUCCUGUGUGAUUUCCAGCUGGAGGAUUCCCAUUUGCCAACCCCCCAAAAAGUCGGGCGUUCGCCCAUUUACAAAAGCACAGUCGGUGUUGCCAACGUAGCGAUUUGCUCGACGUAUUUAGCGACUUUUCUGGCCGCUCGAGCGACCCUUUUUCAAAACGGCGCCGAGUUCAGUUUUAUUUUCCCAGGUGUCCCUGUACGCCACUUUGAGACGCCACUGACUUACGUUGUUCGUGACAUUUCUGCUGAUUAACAGUGCAAAGGUACGGAACCCCAGACAUGACAUGAGGGGGGAAUUUAUUAUUAUUAUUAUUUUUUUUUACACGUCAUGUCUGGGGCUCCGUACAAAGGAGUUGUUGGGAAAAUGAAUACGGCUGCAACCCAAAUGAACACGCCAGGGUAAGUAAAUGCGAUCGAUUUUAAUCGUGAGUUGCAAUUCUGGUUGAAAACAACACGGGAAAGUUUAAAUGCAGUGUAAAAAUGAAGAGCGCGGUCAGUGAGUAAAAUACGUAAUGCAGUAGACAAGGCCGGCCAGUGAAGCUCUUUGAAGCUUUUUUUGGGUGCAAUAAUAAUAAUAAUAAUAAAGAGCUAUUUCUGUACGAGAAUUGGAAAAAAAAGAAUUUAAGUUUUAAGUUUGUAACUGAUGUAUUUUCAGGAUUUCUUUAGUAUUCGCCUUCUUGUUUGUCUUUUCUGCCUCAAAAUGUGUCCCACUUUGAGUUCCCGCUUCAAAAACAAACAAACAAACAAACAAAAAAAACAAUACAGGGAAUCUCAAUGACAGAACUUUUAUUGCAUUUUUUCAAUACAAUUUAUUUAUUCAUUUUUUUGUGGAUGCAUUGGCAUUUGAGCACAACUGUGAACCCCAAAUGGGAUUAGAGUGUUGAAAUCACUAUAAACAAGUUUACACUUCAAUGUCAUUAUUGGAUUUUGUGUGUUAUGUCACUGGAAUGUCUUAAGGGCUCUCGGCUUUGUGUCUCUCUGGUGAGCGUGUGUUAAGACAAUGUUGAAUCACAAAUUGUCAUUUCAAUAAAUGUGCGAAGUUGA